UACAACAAAUGUCGUUAAAGCCUCAAUGUUUCGAACCUGAACGUGGCGUAUGCACGUCUUGGCGGGAAAAGUGGCCAUUUUGAAACAAUCGAAUUUCGAAUGCAAUUUUGUUGCGUUGGUGUUUUCUUUUUUUAUGUGCUGUGAUUGAAAGUGCAAAGGUACUAUAGAGUGUAAAGUGCCAAUGAAGAACAAACCUCAAGAAAAUAUCAAGAUAUUUGGAAUUUCAAAUUCAUUUAAUCUCUUAUUGGACAUAGAAGAUGGAGAAGACGAAGCCAUCAGCUCCUCCCAUUCAACUUGUUAUGGACGAUAACUACAGCUCGAAAAUUGAGCUGGCUUACAAUGGAUCGCGAGAGGACAUGGGCCCGUACGUGCCAGCAAACCAUCGGCCUAUGGAGUCAAACACCUCGAGUUUCGGUGCCUUGGCCCAUUUACUGAAAGCAUCCCUCGGUUCCGGUGUACUGGCUAUGCCGUUGGCCUUCAAAAACGCUGGUCUCCUCGUAGGUUGCAUCGGAACUAUGCUUAUUGGACUUAUUUGCGGACACGUUAUACAUAUCUUGGUAAAAACAUCACAGCAGCUUUGUGUGGAAGUAAAAAAACCGGCAUUAGGUUAUGCUGAUACAUGCGAAAUCGUCUUCCAGAAUGGACCGAAACCUAUAAGGAAAUUCGCAUCGAUUGCCAGAGAACUAGUGGACUGGUCGUUGGCUGUCACUCAUAUGGGAGCGUGCUGCGUGUAUGUUGUUGUUAUAGCUGAAUCGUUUAGACAAGUCUCAGUCGAAUAUGGAGGUCCUGAUUGGUCGGUUACAGCAUAUUGCGCUUUGACAUUGAUAGUUCUCGUCCCGCUGACGCAAAUAAACAAACUUAAAUAUUUAGUACCUUUUUCGGCAGUCGCUAAUUUUGUGUGGCUAGUGUCUAUAUGCAUAUCAAUAUAUUACUGCUUGAGAGAUACUCCUGAUAUAUCCGAGAGGAAUAUGGCUACAUCUAUCGAUGGCAUCCCAACGUUUAUUAGUACAAGUCUGUUCGCCAUGGAAGGCAUAGGCGUAGUGAUGCCGAUAGAGAACGAAAUGUUGAAGCCCCAGCAGUUCCUCGGCUGUCCAGGGGUCUUGAACAUCGCCAUGAGUGCGGUCGUCGUGCUCUAUGGCUUCGUCGGCUUCACUGGAUAUUUGCAAUUCGGUGACGACGUCCGAGGGAGUUUAACUUUAAAUCUACCGCGUGAUGAAGUGUUAGCUCAAACGGCGAAGUUACUAGUGGCCUGUGUGAUGCUCCUAUCAUUCGCCCUAAUCUUCUACGUUCCAGUUGAUAUAGCGUGGAGGAGAAUUCAGGAUAGGAUACCUGCAAAGACUCACAGAUGGGCAAUGUCUGGAUUAAGGCUAUUUGGUACCCUAUUUAUAGUCGGCUUGGCCUGCGCGGUGCCAAAGUUGGAGCUCUUCAUGGAGUUGGUCGGUGCUGUCUGCCUCUCUGUUUUGGGACUGCUCUUACCGUCCGUCAUUGAAAUUAUCUGGAGAUGGGGUAGGGACAUUGGUCCAACUCAUUGGAUCGUAUGGAAAAACCUUGCAAUAUGCCUGUUCGCGAUAAUCGCAAUGGUCUCAGGAGUGACUUUUGCUAUUAAAUCUAUGCUUGAGAACCUGUGAUUUUCUAGACUACUAAUUAUACCCCAUAAGUUUAAUCAUAAUUCUAAUUUUUGCUUGUGUUCUAUUUCAAAGAUUAAUUUUAGUUUUUAUUUACCUAAGAACUGCUUAACAGAAGACGUUGUUGCAGUUAAUCAUUGUUCAAAAAGAGAUUUAAAUCAAUGACAUAACGCUAAUUUUUAGGUUAAGAAAGAAAAAAGUAUUAAAUAUAUUUAUUUUACAAUUUGU